AUGUGGACUCUGAAGGGCAUGUACUGUCCGUCGGCGAAUACCAUGGGCGUUGGACUGGGCGGACUUCCGUGCGUCGUGGAUGCGACGGGUCAGCAGGUGCUCUACGUUCAGAUGGGAGAAACUGUCUACUUCCAGUUGGGAGACACUGUGCAAUGCAUUCCAGGACCAGCGACGGUUCGAAUGCUGCCGGGAAACGGGACGGGUGUCGCCUUACCACCCGUGGUCGCGAUUCCGCAAGGAUACGAUGAUAUGAUGUACAGAACUCAAUACGUCGCCAUGGCUCCGCCCCCUCAGGUACCAACUCACCCCCAUCAGGCGUACAUGACCCCACCGCCUGCCCCACAACAUCCCGCAUACGACAACACACAAAGUUCAUAUGCAAGUUCCGCGUUGGCUUCAAACGCGCCUGGUAUUGCGACGUGUAUGGAUAGCUCUCAGAGCUCCCCGCACGUGGCGCCCGCCUCGGCGACACAACACCAGGCGCCGACGCCACAGCAGAUGCAGCCUCAAGCCCAGCCCCAACAACAACAACAGCAACCUCAACAACAGUCGAUACCUUCGUUACAAAAAUCAUCACCGGUGAACUCUUCUCAGCACCAGUCGACGCAGCAAGCGCCGCAACCGCAGCAGACUGCUCCAGUCCCCCAACAGCAGCAAGCACAGCAACAACAACCGGCUGACAACAAUCAUCGCUGGAACACCAACAACGAUGGUAAUCACCACCAUCAUCAUCAUCAUCACCAUCAUGGUUCUCAGAUGACGCAAGCUCCGCCUCCUCCGCACAGGAGACAGCAGCAGUCUGACACAAUCAUAACCCAACAGCAGGACGGCAUCAUGAAUGGACAAGUCGGAGGCCGAGAUCGCAUGCGGAUAGACGCGAGUUCACACAACGAAGAACAAGUCUACAGGAAUCCUAGGCAAGGUGGAGGUUAUCCUCGACAACCAAUCAGUUUCGGGGACGAGCGGACCCACCGGCAGUAUGUGAAACUCCGCAAAAAACUCGACUCUCGAAACGGUCCCGGUGGAAACGGCUACUCGCGGCCGUCCAAUAAGGACGAGAACAGCAAGUGCAACGGCGACAACGUCUACAGUUCGAACCACAUCUACGGACCGAACAACAAUAACAACAACAACCACACAAACCACAACAACAAUAACGGGAGACAUUCGACUGAUUGCAACCAGAAUACUGUCAUGCCAAACACUGUGAUAUUGACCGGCAGCGGUGACAAAGACUCCCGCAGCAAGCUCGGCAAAACUCGACAAGGCCAGCAGCAACAGCAUCAGGGAUUGAACGGAGCGCAUGGUCACAAUGCCGGAGGCGCUAGUGAUGAUUCUCAGGAUAGCAAUGGAUCGCUGAGAAGAAGCAAUCCGCGUGAAAUGGAACUCCGUGAAUUAUUGACGUGUGUCACAGCCCCAGUCGCAUCGGACGUUCACGCGCGAAGCGCUCUAUUGAGUUGGAAGGCACCGGAUCCGACCGGGAGCCGCAUGGGCCAGCACGAAUUCACGACGAUCGACGUCAACGCCGUCAUUCCUGAGUUGUCAUACGAGCUUUAUGUGUCGUUGGCACCUGGAGAGAAGAACAGCGGGGUUCGUGAACGUGUUCGUCAGGUCGCCGUGGGAAAAGUCCGAGAGUACCGUCUCGACGGUCUCAAUCCAGCUACGGAUUACCAAGUCGCGGUCCAGGCCGUAUCGGAUAAGAUCAAGGGUACUCCUUCGACUCCUUGCUUGUUCGAAACGUUGAAGUGUGAGCCGAAUACCCCCCAGCCCCCGAAACUGGUGGCGCGGACGAAGAGUGCGCUCGAGCUCAAAUGGCUGGCCACGGCCGACAACGGGGCCAAGAUCACUGAAUACGUUCUAAUGAUGGCAGAAGUUCCUGAAAGUCAAGAGCUGUCGCAAGAUAUGCAAGAGCUUAACGAAGUCUACCGCGGACCCAACAAAUCCUUCAAGGUGUCCCGUCUCCAGCAGAACACGUUCUACCAGUUCCGAUUAGGUGCUGUCAACUCGGUCGGGGCAUCUGAGUUCUCGCAGGCCAUAGCAUUUUCCACUUGCGGGGCGGCUCCCCCGCGACCCGAAGCCCCGAAGCUGGUCCGAAUCGGGAGCGACUUCAUCGAACUCAAAUGGGACGCGAGGAACAACGAAACCUACGGGCUGUACAUGAUGCAGGAUGGGGCCCCGCAUGGCUUUGUCGCGAUCUACAAUGGCCAAGAAUCGCAGUAUUCGGCGACGGAGCUGUGCCGAAGCUCGAAGUAUACCUUCAAGCUGAACGCCCAAAACGAAGACGGAACCUCGCCCUUCAGUCCCCCGGUGCAAUUCGAAACCCGAGCCGAGGCGCCAGGGAAGCCAGGACGACCUUCGGCCGUGAGCAAGGUCACCCCGCGCCAGUGUCUUCUCAUGUGGUCUCCUCCGAGUGACUCCGGAGGAUCGCCUAUCCAGGGCUAUAAUUUAGAGAUGUGCAUGGUCGCCAAAAAUCAACAGGGUACGCAGCCACCGUCCGAGUUCCAGGUCGUCUACACUGGUCCGGAGAAUAAAACUCUCGUCGGCGGACUCCAGCCUGGAAGCACCUACCGCUUCCGGGUUUUGUGUAGGAACGAAGCGGGUAACAGCCAAUACUCCGAACCGAGCUGUGUCUGUACACCAUGUGAAUGCCCGGGUCAGUGUGGGAAGCCCGUCCUGGUCGGGAAACCGAAAGCUCACUGGAUGAAAAUCCGAUGGUCGAUUCCCGAGAAUGACGGUGGAGGCGCUGUUUAUCAAUACGAGCUCAAACUUAGCAAACACGACGGGCGUAAGGAGUCUGAAGAGCCCACGCCUUCGCCCUCGCCCGAGAGGUCGCUGCGACGGGACUCUGCAUCCACCCAUCCGGAAGAGUCUUCGCCGAAAAGCAGCGAUUCGUGGAUGAUCGGCUACAAGGGGAACGAGAAAGAGUCGCAAGUCGUUGGCCUCAUGCCGGGAACGCGAUACCGAUUUAAGGUCCGAGCGUUCAACUCCGCGGGUCCGGGGCCGUGGUCGGACAUUCUUGUUGCAGAGAGCGGACCCGGGAGUCCUGCCGGCGUCCUCAAUGCUCGUGCCGACGUCAACUCUGCUGGGAACGUUGUCGUUAAUUGGGAGCCUCCAGCGAACGAUGGCGGUUCUGAUGUUAAUUGCUACAUCGUCGAGCAUUACGGAGGUGUGGUGGACCCGACCGAGUACAGCCUGCGUCCGGAGAAGUAUCCAUUCAGUGAAAUUUUCCGAGGCGAAGACACGUGCCUCGAACUCAAGAGCCUCAGCCCCAACACGGCGCAAAGUUUCCGAGUGGCUGCCACCAACAAUGUGGGCACGUCACCUUGGUCGCCUGUGUUCAGCUGCUCAACGCCCGCUUCGGCUCCCGGAGCGGUUGGUGCAGCCUCUUUAGUCCGGUUAAGUCAUAAUUCGGCCGAAAUCCGAUGGUCGGCUCCUUCGAACGAUGGCGGUGCUCCCAUCGAGAAGUACUUCAUCGACGUAUCGACGAACAAGAACUCGGCAUCUUUCACUUUGACGAAAGAACUCGAUCAGUAUCGACGACGUAUGAGCCAAGAAGACGAUGACGACGAUGAUGAGAAGGAUAAUGACCUAUGUUUCCUAGUCACCCCACUAGAGCCUGAGACGAAUUAUCGAAUUCGAGUGAGGGCUGUCAAUCGAGUGGGUCCAGGUAUCGCUGGGCCCAGCCUCAAAGUCACCACGCAUCCAGAACCCCCGUGCCCCCCGUCGCUUGAAUGCUCGAUCGUAGGGCACAACUUCCUGAAACUUGGUUGGAAAACCGAGGAAGCGUCACGGAGUCCCCACAAAAGUCAGAAAGACAGGGACCCGAAGGAUCACAAAUUCAUUCAGUAUUCUCUAGAAAUGGUCACCGGCAACGGAGCGAACCUGCUCUAUCAAGGUCCGGUGACAUCGUACAAGGUCACCCGUUUGAAGGAGAACUCUAAUUAUGCAUUUCGGAUACGCGCGUCGAAUAUACAUUCGGAAGGAGAAUGGUCCCCGUUGGUUUCAUUCGCCACCUGUUUCGCACCACCUAGCGCCCCGCCCGCGCCGAAAAUCGAACGGGGCGCUCACGAGGGUGAAUUCGUCGUCGACUGGAGUGCAGCUACCUCACUGUGGAAGUUCUCUGAGCCUUGCUUGUUCGUGCUAGAAAUGGGCGAGUGCACUUUCCCGGGCGAAGACAAGAUCUCGUGGACCGAGAUCUAUAGAGGUUCCGAGGAGCGCACGAGGAUUUCCUCACUGGGUGGUUCGGGUGAGCCGCGUUUCGUGCGACUCGCCCAGCUGCGACUCGUCGACGUCGACAACAACAUCAAGAGUCCCUACAGCUCGCUUGUACCUCUCUCGAAGAAAGCCCGAGGAGCGCAGAAACAAAACGUGAAGCCUCAGGUCGUUGCCGAGCCCACGGUUUCACUGUCAACGCAGCAGCCGGCUAGGCGUAACAGCCUGAGACCAGCUCUCAAUGGUUCCGAGCCGAGCCCCAAAACAGGCGGUCAAUUCGGCGACCAUCAUUGGACUAUCAUGUUCUUAGUCGGUUUUGCUCUGGCUGCUUUUUUGGUCGCCUGCUUGCUUGAGAAAUUCGUUAAUGUUUCUAGUUAGAGUGAGCAAGUAUAAAGAGAAAAGAACGAAUCAAUUAAGCCUCGAUACUUCCGCUCCUUCCCGAUGUACGACCAAGCUCUACCUCCUAGUGGAUGGGGAGCGGAUCACAACGUUGAUGG